AUGGACACCGAAGCCUCCACCUGUCCCCAGGACAGCAACUCGACUGACUGUCUACUUCGAACACUGGUUCAAAUUCUGAACGGAUCUCAAAAGGCCGACGAUGCGAAGUAUGAUUGGGACCCAAUAACCUUUGCCUUUACUGUCAUCGUUGGUGCUGUGGCGCUUUUGUUCGCUCUGGUUCCCAUCAUUCAGACCAUCAUCGCACCUGGACAAGGGAGCAGAACGACAAAUCGCCUUGCCAUCGGAGAAAAGUGGUCAAAAGAGAGUUCGAGACAAUGGAACUGGCGCCAAUGGACAUACGAGCAUACUGUCAUCACUCCCAUCUUCCGUAUGCAGACCCUGAGGAAGUGGGUGCAGGCGGACAUCGACAACAUCAAAAAAGAUAUCGAUGAGACCAACUUUGGGAGCGGCAUUGACGAGAUCUGCGAAGAAAGAACCAGGUACACGGAUCCAGAAAAGCACAUCGCGUGUCAAAACAGCACCGACGACAAAAACACCGAGAAGGACUCCGAGGGGUUGAAAAGUGCUUUGAUAACGAUCCACCGCUAUUUUCUCCCAAGGCAGACCUCCGCUCAUUCCGAGAACUGGCCUGCUGCAACCUGGAUUGACUUCUUCCACAAAGUUGGACUAGACAGAAUAGACCCUCGAGACGACUUGGGUAGACGGAAAGUCACUGCUGACUACCUACCCAGCGACCUCGUGGCCGCUCCUGCGUACGCGCAGAUUGGGGUUAUUGUCACAGCCGCUUCAACAACACCGGGUUGGGCGAAGUGGCCCACCGAUCCAUCGUCAAAUUUUCCUGUAAUCUUUGGUUAUGGAUUUCAGUUUGACUUCCGCCAACAUCCAAUACUUGGUGUUCUUGGAGCCUAUUCGCAGUACAGCAAAAGACAGCAAGAUCAAGACGAUCCUCGCAAUAUCCCCGGUAUCUUUGGGCUCCAGUGGCUGUACGACAAGACCAGGGCGGGUAAGGACGCCCUUCAGAAGAAAGAGGAGAGAGAGAAGCUCUUGUCGUACCACAGCCUAUCUCGUCUCUAUGUGGCCAUAUCCCACUCACGCGCAUCCAUAGAGGCCGACCGGCAAUCUCUUUUUAGUGCCGGGCCCAACAACCCAUUGAGUUUCAUCAAUCUAAGCACCAGCUAUCACCGCGUCGAGGUAUUAAGAUACAUGCUCAACUUGUCCAAGGAGGAUAUGCAUUCCAGAGCACAGGGUGCCUUCAUGUUGGACUAUGGAGGCCUCGCCCACGAACAAUACAUGCCCAUUGUCGGGCUGUUCCUAGCUUCCACACCACGAUAUGUGCCUACGUUAUUCCCUACGGACUUGCUGAGCAAAAGGCCUCCUCUUACGCUUCUCGCUUUGAAUGGACACUUCUGGACGAAUGUCACAAGAGAAAGCGUCAAAGGAGACGACAUGUCUGAUUGGCCUAUGUCGCUUCAGAUCUCGGACUGGGACCAAAACGUCAUUCAAUGGGUCAAUGAUGGGAUGGAUAAAUUGGGAAGGGUCAAAGGUGAAAACCUCGAGGCAGUUUUCAAGGAGACUAAACGAUCAAUCUACCACCACUUGCAGUGUCAGGGAGUGGGCGCAACGAAGCCAGCUGUUGGCCUCAAGGUUGCACUUCAUCUAUGCAUGAAGCUGCUUCACAACGACAAGACCUUUCGAACCUGGUUUUCCAAAUAUCAUCCAGCAGUCGCGGCAUACUUGAGACGCAUCAUUCAUCUGCAACUCCAACUGCUGGAUCGCUGGUUCCUGAACUCCAACCAUAACACAUCCUCCACUCAGUCUCGCGCAAUCCGCAUUUGCAACACGACUCUCGCGUUGACGCUAGCGGAUGAGAAGGCACCAAAGAAAGAUGAUUCAACCAGUCCAGUUCCUGAUGAACUGGACCAGACUGUCUGGCAUCUCCACUCUAACACGCUCGAAUGGAUCGAAGACUUGAUGAAUUCCAUUGGCCUCACUCCGGAGACUCUCGAGGGCACAAGAAGCGACUGGAAACCAGAAAGGAGCUUUGAUGUCAAGAACCGCUCAAUCAAGAACACUGGAGCUCAAGAGGAAGACUCUGAGGAGAUCUUGGUACCCUUGGCUGCACAGAUGAAGCCACGCGAUAAAGAUCUGAAGUACCUUGCGUGCGCUCAUUACAACAAGAAGUGGGAGCUGUUGAAUACUCAUCAGAUGUUAGACAGGUUGGACAAGGUGGCCUCAUCCAGGGCCGACAGCUCCUAUCGGAAACGGCGAUUCCAGCAACGUGAUGGAGGAGAUGUGGCCAAUGAAAAGACAACUGACGAUAUGAUCAUAUUCCGCUGUAUUCUUAUAGCAUUACUUUUUCAGACAGCCCCAGAUAACGCAGCGCUCAUCAAGUCGGGGGUUUGGGAACAGGUUGUGGCUAUUGUCUAG